AUGAAAAAGUCGUCCUCCCUUAAGAAACCCUCCCGAGGUCAUUUGUUGUACAAAGAUGAGAGAAUCGAAUCAAAGGAAAUUGUUGAGGUUGAGAGACUUUCAGCUGAGGUCAAUGGGAGCAAUGGGUCUGUUCCAGAUAAUGCCAAAACAUCUUCGUCGGAUAUUAACGAUGAUGAUGAGUCUGAAUUUUGGAAGCGAAUGUCUAUGAGUGCCGAUGAAUAUUCAACUAUUCAGCAACACAUCAUUCCGAGAUCAAACAAAACACAACAUCAAUCCCCUAACAAGGAGCAAUCGUCUUCCAUAGUUUCCAACGGAAAGAUCUACUCUUCCAGAUCCAAAGCCUCAAUGGAUGAGGAUGACAAUAAGAAACAGUCUUCACUUUCAAAGCCUUCUGAAAGAGUUGGUAAUGUAACGACAUCUCCCGAAAACAGAGAUGAUUUAGGAAGAGAUCCCUAUAGGAAUUAUGCUCGAGGAUCUGAUGAAAUUGAUGCUAAAUUGAGCGUUAUCCGGGAGAGAGUUAUGAGGCGACUUUCUCCAGCAAGAAUUUCAGAUCGAAACGAAUCAUCACAUUCAACAUCAUCAUCUCCAACUCGAGAUAACCAUUCACCGUCUGUAUCAUUAAGAAACAACCGAGGAAUUCAAUCGAACAGCCAAAACAACGAUGCAACUUUUGAAUUUCAAAACGAUGUAGAAAAACAAAGGCUCCGAUACAUGGUUAUAAAAUUGCAAAAAGAAUACCAAAACACAAGAAUACGCGAAAGGAGAGCCACAAAACUUGCUAGAUCCUUGUCAGAAUUAAUAACAAAACAUCAAAAUUAUGUGAACAAUUUGAAAAAAAAAUAUGUAGAAAAGGAGAGGGAAGUGGUUGAUCUGAAAGAUACAAUCGAGGAAUUAAAUGGAGCUCUUCAGCGAUGUCAAAUGACCGCACAAUCACAAAAUUCAACAAAAUCUCUAAUAGAAAAGAUAUCAACCAAUUUUGAUUCCAUUUUAGAAGCAAUCAAUUCGAAAACAGAAUUAAUGCAAAUAAUUGACGCACAAAAAGAAGAAAUUUCUCAAAACAUGUUGACAAUUAAGAAAUUGUUCAAUCCACUGCAACAACCAUCAAGGGAGGAGUAA